AUGAAGCCUGUGGCCAUUCUCCUCGCGCUUGCCAGUACAGCCUGUACAGUGUCGGCUGGUUUGCCCCGUUUUGAGAAAUGUACCGCUCCUUCGCAGUGCAAUUCCAAUUAUUGCUCCCCUAUGAGAUUUGCGGACUGCGACGAAGUCCUCAAUUGCCGUGGGUAUGCUAUGGUGCUUCAGUGGACUCUCCGUGUUCGAAUGACUGGGAAUGCAACUCCAACCAUUGCAAGGGAGGAAGAUGCUAUGACUGCCGUGAUCCUCGCAACCUAG